UCAUCUGAAGGUUUUCUGCGUUUCCACUGAGAGUUCCCAUCAUGCCUGAGCCCGCGAAGUCUGCGCCGGCCCCGAAGAAGGGCUCCAAGAAGGCGGUGACCAAGGCGCAGAAGAAGGACGGCAAGAAGCGCAAGCGCAGCCGCAAGGAGAGCUACUCGGUCUACGUGUACAAGGUGCUCAAGCAGGUGCACCCCGACACCGGCAUCUCGUCCAAGGCCAUGGGCAUCAUGAACUCGUUCGUCAACGACAUCUUCGAGCGCAUCGCCGGCGAGGCCUCGCGCCUGGCGCACUACAACAAGCGCUCCACCAUCACGUCGCGCGAGAUCCAGACGGCCGUGCGCCUGCUGCUGCCCGGCGAGCUGGCCAAGCACGCCGUGUCCGAGGGCACCAAGGCCGUCACCAAGUACACCAGCUCCAAGUGAACAGUCUCUUGCUUUCAGAAACCCAAAGGCUCUUUUCAGGGCCACUCCCUUUCUUGUUUAAAGCGCUGUAACACAUCUUAAUUGGUAAUUUAAGGAAGCACAAAUGUAAUCUUACGGACAAGCUGUUUUCCUUUGGAAUGUUAGUUUCACAGUAAAUUCUGUUAAGGUGGUCAUGAUUGUCUAAAAAGUUUUCUUUGCCAUGCGUUUAACUGACUUUUCAUGUGAUGAUGGAUUCUAGGAUGUCUGGUCAUCAUCCCAGUAUUCUAAUAUGCCCCCCAAUGCACUU